AUGAGCUCCCAGGGGUUUUCAUUCCCCCCACCGCCACCACCUCCUCCUCCGACCACCCAGCAACCGUCCGCCUACCCCUCUGCGCAGCCCGGCCAACACUGGAAUGGCCGUGGGUCUGGCGGACGAGGCCGCGGACGAGGACACGGAAAUCGAGGACGAGGCGGCGGAGGUGGCGGAGGACACUAUACCUCCGACAAGAGUCGACCUCCCUAUACCGACACCUCUGGCUACAACUAUCCAGCAACAAACUACGGCUAUCCAGCACAACCUCAGCCCGUGUCGGCGACGUCGUACAUGUCUACGCCCCCGCCCUAUCCUCCUACGUCCCCGUCAAACUUCCAACAUCCUUCGAAUCCGCCCACCACCAACCAACCUCCACAACCCUUUGCGCAGCCUGCUGGCUCGGCUGCCUACCAACCGCUUCCAGGGUACAACACACCUGGCAGUCUCGCGCACACGACUCCCUACUCUACUCCCACCCUUCCGACAUUCUCUCACAAUGUACCACCAUCGCCGCGCCAGCAAUCAUCCCCGCCAGCAACCUCCCUCAUGAUGGGAUCCGCCAUGAGCGAGGCCCCUGGCCCCUCUCAUCCACACAGGAACCACGGGCCGAAACCACGACAUGGUAACAAGCGCGACCAUUCCUCUGCAUUCAGCAAACCGCAGUCCACCGUCCCGCGCACCCCUGCGCCGCCGCCAGUGCCCAGCUUCGGCAAUCCAUUACCGUCGAAGCCUCCCCCGGCAGCAGACGCGACGCGGAAGCCCAAGAAGCGGAAGCGGAAGCACAACCAGCUCGGUUUGACCCCGAAGACCGAAGAGCACGAAUCCAGCGAGGAGGAAGACGAUAUCGACGAGGAGGCCAAACUCGCACAGGCCGGCCCGGACGCGGCUCCGCUGCAAUUCUCGUAUAAGGGACAAACGGCAUCCUUGCAGUCGGCCUCCGACAUUGCGGCGUGGAUUGCAGAGCGCAAGAAAAAGUUCCCCACUCAGGCUCGGAUUGAAGAGAAGAAGAAAGCCGCUGAGGAAGCCAAGGCUGUCCGAGAGGCAAGUCGACGAGAGAAGCAGAAGGAGAGGGAACAGGACAAGGAGGAUAAGGGAAGCGCUCGGAAAACGGGCGAAGAGAAGGCUGAUCCAGCACUCGAUGCCGCCAUGAAGGCGCAGCGCAAGGCGGACAAGAUCCGCCGCAACCUCAAUCGCGAACAGAAACGGUUCGCAAAAGCUGAGGCCGCCGCCGAGGCUGCCCGCCUCAAGGUGGAGGCUCUUCAGAAGCAGGCUCAAGGCCUGGGACAGCACGACGCUACUGAGCCGAAGGAACUAUUGGGCGGUGAUGGGCCAACUAUGGCGCUAGAGCCCUCUCCUACGACGGAUUCCGGCGUCGCUUCUACGAGUAACUGGGAUCCUUCCAGGCUGAUGGAAUUUCCGCGCCCCCGCGAGGGUGCUGAGGCUACUGCCACGACUCUGACCGAUGCAGUCGCGGAACUAGUGGAUGGCACCUCAGAUGUGUCCUCGGAUGAACCUGGGAGUAGUGAUUGGACCUCGUCUAGUGGGUCGGGAUCUGACUUGGGCUCGGGCUCGGACAUGAAUAGCGAUGAUGACGACGACUCUGCCCCAGAAGAGGUCAGCUCGCGGCGCCAGGGACCGGAGAGGGUGCCCCCGCCCCCUCGCGAAGGCAGAAAGCCCGCGUGUCGGCACUUUGCCCGAACGGGCCAUUGCAACCGCGGGGAAAAGUGCAAGUUCUCGCACGAGGAGUCUGAUCGAGGCCCCAAGGCGAAGCCGGUCGACAAGAAGAUUGAGAAGAAGGUUGAGAAGAAGGGACGGAAAGGAUUGCUUCGGGCUUUACUGGACCGGCAGAAAGAUGACGAGGACCGUCGGGCAAUGGAAGUCAUAUCCUGGCUAGGACAGAACGGCCACUUGGCCCUAGAGACGAAUAGUUUGUAG